AUGUUUACGAAGAUCGAGGAUUCUCGUCCGACGAUUAGGAGCAAAGUUCAACGUCUGGAAGUUAGUAUUGUCGUUGCCUUAGCGACUUUCCAUUCGAGUCCCGUGAUAGAUGCACCGACAGAAAUACACCUAGCCAGCAAUCUGAAGCGGGAAAAAGAGAGGACGAUUGCGCGAUAUUUUGAGAGCUUCUUGUCUCACAUUCGAGAUCCUCAGGGCGGGACUUCACAACAGAAUGAUCCCGGAAAAGAAAGUGACGUGACAAAGGAGAAUGCAACAGUGAGUGAAUCGUCGAAGAAAGAAACUACGAGCGUGCAAAAUCAGCAGUUGAACAAACUACGAGGCAUAGAAAACACCGUAGCUAUUAGACUGACAGCUUUUGAUCAUCCUGGAUCCUCGAAGUCGCCACAAUUUAACAAGAAACCUAUCUCGAAGCCUGGUCCUAGUAAAGUGAAGAGCACUCAAAGCAAAGCAACACAAAUGCGUCAAAAUUUAAGUACUCAAAGGCUACAGGAAAACGAAGACAUCGACGACGAUGAUUCUUCUUUGGAUAUAGAGAAUGUUGGAAGACCACAAAAAUACGUCCUAGUCGGAUGGGACAACUUUCGUUCUAAGCUGAUGAUCACUCUACUGGUUCUUUUCGUUUUAUGGGCAGUCAUCUAUUUUCCUCUGAUUAGAAUCUGAAAUUCGAUGCAAAAAUAAUAUUUCUAUAUCAUUCCAUAAACAUACUCUUCAGUGUAUUUUAAUAUAAAUAUACAAUGUAUAACAUAAGAUACACAUAUAUAAAGUGAAUUUCUAAAGUCUAAUCAGAAAUAAAUAACUGGUUCAUAUUAGACGCAGACAUACAGGAUAUUAUUCGUUCAUAUGUAAUAGAGCAUUUCUUUAAAUGUUACUAAACGGUAAACUUGUUCGUCACGGACCGCGAUUAUCGGAAAACUCCGGAGUGUAAAUAUGUACAUACUUUUUCUACAAAUAAAGUAUCAUUUCUUCUA